CGAAUGCAUUUCAAACAAAACUGUGAAUUGGAACAAACACUUUUUUUGUAAAAAGUUUAUUAUUCAACAAAAUAGUUUCGAUUAAAAGGUUAUAAACACAGUAACGGUUUUGUUUUCGCCCCAUUUUUGAUAAACGUUCAUCGAACCUCACCACUUUUGUAAUAUCUCUUUGGAAUAAAUCGGUUGAAAAAUUCAGUGUACUGAUAACAUUGGUUUGGUGUCUCCGGUCAGGGUAUAACGAUCCAAAAUGCGCCUAGUCAUAAUACUUCUAGCAAUAACAUCGGUGUGCACCGAAAACUGUUCGAUAUUCGACGGUGAGAAAUACUCAAAAAGGUCUGCACUAACGAUCAAAGGUCUACCAACGAAUCUAGUAAUAAACCCAAUAAACAGAGACCUACUGUUCACUUUAAUAGACAUAGAAUCGCUUCAAAGCGACGAUGUGCAAACUAAAAUGGAUCAGUAUAUAGUAAGAGGAGGUGAACCAAUAAAAAUCGAUAACAUAAACGGUCAAGCGGCCGCCGUAGAUGCGGAAAAUAAUAAAGUUUAUAUUGCAACUGAUGACGGACUCAGUGUUUUGAACAAAACAAACAAAGCUAGCUUCAUAGGUUUUAAGGGCGACGACAUAACUCAAUUAUUCAAACCUGCGUCCAACGAUAAGCUAUACGCAGUUUUAUACCCGGAUAGUGAAGUUUACGAAAUAGAUUUAGUUACAAACGAGAAGAGUAGAGUAGAAAACGUACCAUGCGCGUUCAUGAUCGCAGUAGAUGAAAAGGAAAAUGUGUACUACGAAUGCGAAUCGAAAUUCGUGAAAAUGCUGCUUAAAGGUUUUCAAGAAGCGAUCGAAUUUGUCGGAAUACCGAAGAAUUCUGCUCGGGCGAUGGCCAUAGACACUCACGGCAGAGUUGUCCUCGCAGCCAACGAUGGUUUAUAUUGGUUAAGACCGGACACGUUAAUACCUAGAAAAUUAAUGGAUCUAGACUUUGUGCCUUCAGGUCUAGCAUUUUUCGAAAAUAGUAUAUUUUUGGCCACUAGUGGUGUAAUUUAUGAGUUCAGUGGCAAUUGCGAAAAUUAAUAAACUGUGUUUUAGAAAACGUAUAAAUUAUUUUUUCAUUAA